AUGACCGAGAUAAACUCACAUAGCGUUGCUACAGAGCACCCAGCGCAGAAGCCAGAUAGCUCCGAGAACAUUAGCUUCAGCGAUGAUGCGGACCCCAAGUACGAGUAUCCCACGGGGCUCUCGGUGAGCUUCAUCCUCACUUCAGUAACUUUGGCCUAUUUUUUGUUUUUCCUUGACCUCGCUGUCAUUUCCACGGCUACCCCGGCGAUUACAUCUGAAUUCGACUCAUUGGUGGACGUCGGUUGGUAUGGAGGCGCCUAUCAACUUGGAAGUGCCGCGUUCCAGCCUCUAAGCGGUAAGAUCUAUAGCCAAUUUUCCAUAAAGUGGACCUUUCUUGUAUUCUUUGUUAUUUUUGAGAUUGGAUCUGCUAUAUGUGGAGCGGCCCAGUCGUCGCCCAUGUUCAUCGUUGGCCGAGUCAUCGCGGGCGUAGGAUCCGCUGGAGUGGCCAACGGUGCAGUGACAACCAUUUCCACCGUGCUCCCAACACGAAAGCAGGCGCUGUUCAUGGGUCUUAAUAUGGGCAUGGGCCAGUUAGGUCUCGCGACAGGGCCCAUUAUUGGAGGAGCUUUUACCACAAACGUCUCCUGGCGGUGGUGCUUUUACAUCAACCUCCCAUUAGGUGUUAUUAUAGGCGGGUUUCUUCUUCUAAACAAGAUACCCGAACCAAAACCUAAGAGUCCACCCCUCGAGAUACUUGGAACAGCUAUCCAGUCCCUGGACCUCCCAGGGUUCAUGCUCAUUUGCCCCGCGGUUGUCAUGUUCCUCUUGGGACUCCAGUUUGGUGGUAACCAGCACCCUUGGAAUAGUUCAGUUGUGAUUGGCUUGCUGGUUGGCUCUGCGUUUACCUUUGGUCUCUUCUUGGCCUGGGAAUAUCGUCAGGGAGACAAUGCCAUGGUGCCACUUGCCAUGCUCAAACACCGGAUCAUCUCCUCGGCCGCCUUGACUAUGUUCUUCAGCCUGUCCAGUGUCCUUGUGGCUGACUUCUACAUUGCAAUUUAUUUCCAGGCGAUUCACGACGACACGCCCUUAAUGAGUGGAGUACACAUGCUUCCAAUCACGCUUGGCUUGGUCUUGUUUACCAUGAUCUCGGGCACCCUGAUCUCCGUUUUAGGCUACUAUCUCCCAUUUCUUCUUGCGGGGGGCGCGAUAUCAGCUGUUGGCUACGGGCUUAUGUCGACACUGAGUCCGACGACCCCGGUUGCAAAAUGGAUUGGCUACCAGAUCUUAUACGGCGUUGCAAGCGGCUGCACAACGGCGGCUCCCUACGUCGCUAUACAAAGUCUUGUACCUCCGGAGCAGAUAUCUCUCGCCAUGGCAAUUAUCAUAUUCUGGCAAAACAUCGGGGCCUCGACAUCUCUGAUCGCGGCCAACGCAAUUUUCAGUAACAGCCUUCGAAAACAGCUUCAGCAGCGCGCCGCACAAAUAGGCUUCUCGCCAGAUGUUAUCGUUGAUGCUGGGGUCCGCUCCAUCCGUGACCUGGUGUCUGGCUCCCAGCUAACAGCCGUGCUUGCGGCCUACGCGAAAAGCAUCGACCACGUCAUGUAUCUUGGUAUUGCAGUUGGCCUUGCCGUCUUGGUCGUUUCUCCAGGACUUGGAUGGAGGGAUAUCCGAAAGGUCAAAGAUCUUCAAGUUAUUACCAACGAGCCUCCCAAGAGAGCCGAGCAGGAUGUGGCAAGGGACAAGACAGUGGUGGGCUACAAAUAA